AUGCAUGCAAGUACAGCAGGAGGCGCUCUGCAGCUCUUUAGUCCGCCGAUAAACCCACUAAAGAAAGAAAGAAAGAGCUCGCGUGUGAUGUGUUUGUGUAUCCUCAGUGUUUUUUCUCUUGAGUGUAAACAGAGUCUUGUCUCUGUGUAUUUUAGUGUUGAUGAUGAGAUGGAUGUGAUGUGCUGUAAAUCAGAAACUGAUCAGGGCUUACAGGAUGAGGAAUCUACUGAUCAAACCUCCACAGAGUCUCUGGAUUCUGUCUGGAACGCUGGAGAACAGCAGCAGAUCCUGCAGACCAAACUCAAGAUGUGUUCAGUCAAACUCAUCGACUUCAGGAACCUCAUGAGGAAGAUAAAAACUGAACCCACAGAAAUAAAAACUGAACCCACAGAAAUAAAAACUGAACGCACAGAAAUAAAAACUGAACCAACAGAAGAGGAAGAUCACAGUGAUGAUGAUGAUUUUAUUCCUUCAGAUGAAAAAAGCGAUUCACGUUGUGAUGGUGAAAUACAGUCCUCAACAUCAAAAAAAGGAUGGACAGCACAAACUCUUCCUUGCACAACCGGUGGAAAGACAUUGAGCUCACAGAGACAUUUAGAGAAACAUGAGAGAAAACACACAGAACUAAAAAUGUCCACCAGAUCUGAGAUCAGCUUUACUACCUUACAAGAGAAGAAACUUCAUUCAGAAGAGCACAGAGAGACGAAGAAGCAGUUUCACUGUCAGCAGUGUGGGAAGGGUUUUGUUGUCUUAUAUCAGCUGAAACGUCACAUGAGGACACACAGUGAUGAAAAGUCUUUCUACUGCACUGAAUGUGGCCAUUACUUCAGCACAAAAGGACAUCUUGUUAUUCAUAAGAGAAUUCACACAGGAGAAAAACCAUACGAGUGUCCUCACUGUGAGAAGAGAUUCAUACAAAAACAUCAACUGAAGGAACAUGUGUUUUUACACACCAAUGAGAGACCGUAUCAGUGCAGUGAGUGUGGGAAAACCUAUAGGCAUUCAGGUUCAUUAAAAAAACACCAGAAUACUCACUCUGAAGAGAAACUCUUUCAAUGUUCACACUGUGAUAAACGUUAUAGUUUUAAAUCUAGUCUUAAAGUCCAUGAGAAACUUCACACUGGAGAGAAACCUCAUCACUGUAGUGUUUGUGAAAAGAGUUUUAAUCGACCUGACAGUUUAGUGUCACACCUGAGAACUCAUACAGGUGAAAAACCUUACAAAUGCUCUCAGUGUGAGAAGACCUUUACUCAGUCAAGUCACUUAAAAGCCCAUGAGAGACUUCACACUGGAGAGAAACCUUACGUCUGCUCGAUCUGCGGAAAGAGCUUCCUUAAACAAGCUUCUUUCAGACUUCAUCAAAGAGUUCACACUGGAGAGAAACCUCACCACUGCUCGAUCUGUGGAAAGAGCUUCUCACAUUCAUCUCAUGUUAGAGUUCAUCAGAGAGUUCAUACUGGAGAGAAAUCUCAUCACUGUAAUGUUUGUGGGAAGAGUUUUAGUCAACAUUACAGUUUAGUAAUACACCAAAGAAUUCAUACAGGUGAAAGACCUUACAAAUGCUCUCGUUGUGAGAAGAGGUUUGCUCGAUCAUGUUACUUAAAAAUCCAUGAGAGAGUUCAUACUGGAAAGAAACCUUACGUCUGUUCUCAGUGUGGAAAGAGCUUCACUAAUCAAAUUUCUUUCAGCUAUCAUGAGAGAGUUCACACUGGAGACAAACAAACCUUACGUCUGCUCUCAAUGUGGAGAGAUAUUCGCUAAUGUAGGACUUUUUAAGACUCAUCAGAAGAAACAUGCUGAAGAAAAAACUGAUCUGUGAAAUAAGCUUUAUCACCCUUUUUACCCAAUAAAUAUCAGUUUAUAUAUCAAUUAUUAUUUGUAUUUUCAUUUUAUUCUU